AUGGAUACCGACCGCAUAAUUCGGGUUAGGUGUCAACUACACAAUUCAGCCCUGACCGAGUCAGAGAAACACCAAAUGAUCUUGCCUGCCAAACAUCAGACGACCCUACUCUUGAUCGAGGACACGAACUUAUUUACUCUUCAUGGAGGCCCUUUUCUUACAUACAACACCCUUAACAGGCAAUUUUGGCUGCUUCGUGGGCACAACACCGAACGACACGUCGAGCGCCAGCACGUCAUAUAUGCCAGACAUAAGGACAACACAAUGUCUCAAUUGAUGGGCCUUUUACCCCCACAGCCAUUUCAGCCGUCAAGCCCAUUUACUUACACUGGCAUAGAUUACGCAGACCCCAUAUGGUACAAGGCCUCCCCCGAACGAGAAAAGAGGGCCAUGAAAGGCUACUUGGCUUCUUCGUAUCCCGUAGCACCAAAGCCGUGCACCUAG